CUCUCCCCUCUCAUACAAUACAGUUCACACACUCUCCUCUCCUCUGCUUCCUCCUAUCUACAGCUUCGAGCCACGCCCAUCGAAGAAGCCAAUACGAAGGGCAUUACCCAGGCAAGCAUGGCUCAGCUGCUGCACCUGCCGGACCUCGCGGCGGCGCGGCCGCCGGCGGGGAGGAGGAGGGGCGUGGCGUUGGCGCCGGCGCCGGCGGGACCGGGUCGCUUCAAACAGGGGGAGGCGGGGACGGCGAGGGGGCGGGUGAUCAGGGUCGCCGAUCCCGUGCGGGAGGGCCGGAUGCCGGUCCCGCCGCCGCCGCCGCUCCUCGCCGCGCCGGCCACGCCGUCGGAGUCGCCGCCGGCCACGGGGAGGCGUGGGGACGAGGACGACGAGGAGAGGCAGAGGUACUACCUCAACAUGGGGUACGCGAUCCGGACGCUCAGGGAGGAGCUCCCCGAUGUGCUCUACAAGGAGCCCAGCUUCGACAUCUACAGAGAUGACAUUGUCUUCCAAGAUCCCUUGAAUACAUUCAAGGGCCUGGAAAAUUACAAAAGGCUAUUCUGGGCGCUUCGUUUUACUGGCCGGAUCUUCUUCAAAGCAUUGUGGGUUGAUAUAGUUAGUAUAUGGCAGCCUGCUGAGAACAUGAUCAUGAUUCGCUGGAUUGCCCACGGCAUUCCUCGAGUACCUUGGGAUGGGCAUGGCCGCUUUGAUGGUGCUUCUGUGUAUAAACUUGACAAGAAUGGCAAGAUCUAUGAGCAUAAGGUGCACAAUGUCGCAAUGAAUCCACCAACGAAAUUCAAGGUCCUACCGGUCCAUGAGCUAAUCAGAUCACUUGGUUGCCCCUCUACUGCAAAACCAACUUACUUCGAAGCUUCAUCACAAUAUCUGUGUGCUGGGCCAUCUUAUUUGAGAUUAGCAUGGAUAAGAUGCUACAUCUCAUUGUGCCGUAUGCUUUCGCUAGCAAAUCUGGGAGAAGGAUAGCGUGGGUUUAGCAUGGUACCUCCAAAUUUUGUAUUUUCAGUAUGAUAGCGCACAAAGUUACUGAGUACUACUGAGUCAUGGCAGUUGUAUAUAUGUACAGUGAUAGUUUAUAGAAUAAGACCUCUUAGUUAAGGUGACAAGGUGUACAACACUUGUUAUUGAUUGUUAAUCAUCAGUCAGCAAACUAGUCUGACAUGUUUAUAUUCCCAGUA